AUGACUUGGGCAACCCGCCGCACCGCUGAUCCACCCCACCGGCCCCGGAGGAGAGCGUUCACUCGCUGCCCAAGCAGCCGAGCGGAGCCUGGUGUGGCCCUGCCCGGAGCUCGUCAUCACCGGGCUGUGUACCCCGCUCUGGCGGAACCUGGCCGGCUCCGGGUCCACGGAGGAACAUGUCCGAGCAGGAGCUCGGGGUGGCGGACGGUCCUGGGCUACAUUGACCCCAAGGCUUCUGGACUGUGUGGUGGCUCACCUGUGACGCUUCGUGUUGUCUCCUUUCCAGAUUACUGUGUGAACCCGCAGACCAUCCUGCUGCUGAGGGUGAUCGCUGCCUUCUGCUUCCUGGGCAUCCUCUGCAGUCUGACGGCUUUCCUCCUGGAUGUGUUUGGCCCCAAGCACCCCGCGCUGAAGAUCACACGCAGAUAUGCAUUUGCUCACAUUCUCACAGUGCUGCAGUGUGCCACAGUCAUAGGCUUCUGCUACUGGGCCUCGGAGCUCAUCCUGUCACUACAGCAGCAGCACAAAAAGUACCACGGCUCUCUCAUAUACGUCACUUUCGCCAUCAGCUUCUACCUGGUGGCGGGGGCCGGCGGAGCCUCUAUCCUCGCCACAGCCGCGAACCUCCUGCGCCACUACCCCACCGAGGAGGAGGAGCAGGCUUUAGAGCUGCUCUCGGAGAUGGAGGACAGCAGCGAAACUUUUCCUGCUGAUUAUGACAUUGCCAAUCAGUUUCAGCCGCCGCCUGCCUACACGCCCUAAUGCCGCCAGACUGGCCUUGUUAACACACGCUUCUCUCUCAGCACGGCUAUUGGCUUGAUGAGCAAAAAAACCCCCCCCCACUCUUUAUCAAAUGGAUAUCUUUGCAAAUACUCUCCAUAACGAACACGGCGAUGUGCACAGUUAGUGCGCAAACUCCUUUAAUGACAGUGCUUGGGUGCAUGAAAAGCUUUCUUUAGUGGUGGCAGAAAUUUAGGAGAUGAUUCUUACACUCACCACUGAGGUUGUUAGUGAUUUGCAUGUAAAUGGCUUUUAGGAUUUGGUUCUUACAUGUGAAGCAAACUAAACUGCGAGGAGUGCUCAACAUGGCUCAUCACAAGUAAUAGAUGAAAACGGCCGCAGCCCGAUCAGUGCCAAUUAUUGAAGCCGGGCUGUCGGCAGAUUGUCAGCGAGUGUAUUGGUCUGGGUUGGACGUGGAUCGAGCUUUGUGAAGCAUCAUUUUGAUGUAAUUUUUGAUAAGCUUGCCAUGUGUAUGGUUUUAUUUUACGGAGACAUCAGAAAUGGCGAAAUACACUGAGAAGUUUUAGACUAUAUUUCUUUUAUAUAAAAUAUCAAAUUGACCUUAUUAUUUAUUAUUUAGCCGUCUGUGCUGUGUCUGUCUUUCUUUCUUUCUUUCUUUCUUUCUUUCUUUCUUUCUUUCUUUCUUUCUUUCGCUUUGUAGACAUCUGUCACUGGUUUAGUCUUAUUUAAUCACAUUUGUACUUGAAAAUAACAUCUGGAAAUUUUAAAAUGUGAAACCGUUCUUUGUGGUGUUUUAAAAGAGGUUCAUGGCAGUGUGUUAUGUGUCGAGAGCUAGCAGCCACGGAGAAACUGAGAAUGUAUGUUUCACAAUAACUGACAUUUAGUAACAGGAACCUCGUCCGUCGCAUACGUUGGUUGCGUCAUGUUUCUUGUAUUUGAUUUGAAAAAAAAAGAAAAAGAAACCUUUUUAUUUGUAUUUUGUGAUUUCCAUAUGUGACAGUUUGAGUAUGUGUUUUCUAUGCAUGAGUUCUUUUCGUGUGCAAAUUUUAAACCAUCAGGCAGAAUCUUUAAGAGAGCAUCUGUUAAGGUUCCGGCUGAGGCUUAAAGUUGUGAUUGAUGUGGUUACACUAGUUGAUUGUAUUGUUCUGUUUCCUCCAUUUCUGCAUUUUGUUCCUCAAAUUGUCGCUAUACUUUCAUCACCAGUAUGUAAAUAUUGAUUGUUUAUACAUAAAAAGUGGACAUAAUAAAACAAAUGCCAUA